AUGCAAUUACCUGAUUGUACCCCAGAUCGCUCCGAUCCACAAAAGAAUCCCACUUCACAGCUAGUCUCCUACGCGGCCAACAGUGGUCAAAGCACGAUGACAAUCACCACUCUUCCACGCUACGUUUGCGUCUCGCAUCCCCUAAGCAGGCUUUGCUACCACGCCCACGUCGCCAGGAUUUCCCAGAUUGAACGCCCCCUUCUGGACCUUUGGACAGCUUUAUGUCGUCCCGACCGGUGGGGUCGAGCGAUUGCCCUCUUUCGUCAACCUGUGAUCUUGUGCUACCUUGAUCCUCUACCACCACCAUCUCUGGCCUUCAAUAUGGGUAGAACUAAGAAGAACCCAAAGAAGAGAGCACUUUCCACAUCAAUGUCUGAAGAUGCCAGUCCACCUAAGAUCAAAGCCAGUAAUCAAGAUGAUGCUAAGAGCUCUAGACGUUCUAAGAAGAAAAUACACUAUCAGGAUAACGAUUCUGACGACUUCCUUUCUGACAACAACAUUAAAGCUAAGAAACCUGGUCCUCCUCAACAGCCAACCCGCAAGAAGCCAGGCCGUCCAUCAAAGAAGGGCCAGGCAAUCAGAACUGAUCCACUUCCUGAUCAAGAUACUGUCAUGUCUUCCCAAUUUCUUCAGCCUCUCACACCUCCCCAGAAGGCCAACAAGAAGGAUCCAAAUGCUAACGAGUACACUCCACGUACUGCGCAGGCUGUCCGGUUCAGCAUGCAAAUACCUAUCUGGCAGAUUGAAGUGUCUCAUAUACCAAAGAAACAGCCACAUCACGGAACCACAGAGUCACCAGAUAUGAGGCCACUGAAUAGGCUCACCCGGUUAGAGAAGGAUGGAUGGACAUGUCUUGGAACAACACCUACAGCAAAUGUGUACAGGCUGUUCCAGGAUUUUGAGAAUGACUACUCACCUCAGGAGUACAAGAUCUCCAGUGGUCUCAUCUCUAUGCAGUUCUUUGGUCAUCCUUGUGAUCGGCCUAAGGACAUACGUGCUCGCUCCUUUCUUCUUGAAUGGGCAACUCAGGAUCGCAAAGUUCCAUCAAAGUACAAGGAUAAAUCUCAACCUGUUUUCCGUGUUGAGUAUCAAUGUCUUGGAAGUUGCAAUGCUGAAGCACCUCCUGCAGAAUCAGAUGAGGAUGUGAGUGAAGAAGAGGAGGAGGAGGAGGAGGAUGAGAGCAAUUCAGAGGAUGAGAGUGAGAAUAAUCAAGAGGAAAGUAAAGCUUCUGCUCAUCAAGAAGAUCUGCCUCCUAAUUAA